ACUUAGUCUUAUCUCGGCUUGUGCAUGCAAACUAAAUCAAUCUCUCUCUCUCUCUCUCUCUCUCUCUUCCAUACUCAGAGAAAUGAAACAGUGAACAGAGGAAACAGAGCAAACAGAGAUCAGCAAAUCAAGUUCCGAAUUCGUUGCAGAAAGAAGGCGGCGACAUUUCCGAGGGUGCGAAUCAGUUAAUUUGCGAGCGCGCCGAGUCACUCCGCGCCGAAGGUCCACCGCCGCAGCUCGACUCUAUGGCGGACCGUGUCCACCCGCAUGGCUCCCUGCCUGAAUCACCGCCGUCCCCGACGGAGAAGCCUCCUCGGCAGCCGCAAUCACCGCCAAAGCCGACCCUCCCAUCGCAAGACAAGACCGUCCCCCCUCCGCUCACCUACGUCGUCCAUGUUCCCAAGGACCAAGUCUACCGCAUCCCGCCGCCGGAGAAUGCCAAGCUCUUCGAGCGCUACACUCGCCGGGUCCAGCGCCGCGGGAGCCCCUGCUGCUGCGUCUUCCUCACUGUCGCCACCUUCGCCCUCCUCGUUGGUGCCGCCGCCGGCCUCUUCUACCUCAUCCUGAGGCCGGAGCCGCCGAAAUACGCCGUCGAGGGCGUGGCGAUCGGCGGCGUUGACCUGAACUCGACCUCCGCGAUGUCACCCGAGAUCGGCCUCGCCGUACGGGCAGUGAACCCUAACGACAAGAUCGGGAUUCAUUACGUGGGCGGAAGCUCUGUCGACAUGUACUACAACGGCGUCAGGUUGGCCGACGGCGCCGUGCCGGCACUGCACCAGUCGCCGAACAGCUACACGGUGUUUAACAUGACGCUGAAGGGGAGCGGCGUUGUAUUGUCGAGUGAUUCGCGACGGGAUCUGACCGCAGAGCAGAGCCGGGGAAGUGUGCCGUUGAAGUUGACGGUGAAGGCGCCCGUGAAGUUCAAGGUCGGCGCCGUCAAGACGUGGAAGAUCACCGUUAAGCUGUCGUGUGACGUGACGGUGGACAAGUUGACGGCGUCAGCGAAGGUUGUCCAUGAGGAUUGCGAUUAUAGAGUAAAUAUCUUUUGAAAAACUCUAGUGUUUGUUGAAGACCGGGUCAGUAUAUA